UAAAAAAUAAAAAGCAAACAAUACCAUUAAUCUUGAUUCUCCACCAAUGAGCUUUGCACAUGUAUAAAAGCCACCACAUUCCUCACAAUUACACAACCAUAACUCAAGCUUUUGGGAUUAAGAAGAUGAAUAGAAAGCCAGGAGAUUGGAACUGUAGGUCAUGCAGCCACCUUAACUUCAGCCGCCGUGACUCAUGCCAGCGAUGCAGCGAGCCAAGGUCAGCCAAUGAUCGUGGAGACUACGCUAGCUUCGGCGGUGGCCGUAGCAGUGGUGGUUCAUCGUUUGGCUUUACUGGGUCUGAUGUUAGGCCUGGAGACUGGUACUGCUCAUGCGGAGCUCAUAACUUCGCAAGUCGCUCCAGUUGCUUCAAGUGCGGCGCGUUCAAAGAAGACUCAGCCAUGGCUGGUGGCAGUGGGGGCUUUGAUGGUGAUAUGCCGCGUAGAGGCUAUGGUUUCGGUGGUGGUGGUGGUGGACGCGCUGGUUGGAAGUCCGGCGACUGGAUUUGCACUAGGUCUGGAUGCAACGAGCAUAACUUUGCAAGCAGGAUGGAAUGCUUUCGAUGCAAUGCACCGAGGGAUUCCGGGACUGAAGCCUGAAAUGAAGUGAAAGGGAGAUGAGAUGAUUCAUAAGCUAUGUAUGGUAGUUAUUGAACUCUCUCAACUUCAGUCCUGUCUUGAGUGUUCUUUUUUCUUUCUUUUUUUUUUUUAUCUUUGCGUUUUGUUGGCUUUUUAAAGUUGUACUCCUAUCACUCUGCUUUAGAAGUAUAAUCUUGUACUAGUGUUUGUGGCUUUGAAUGCUUGUAAGGGUGUUGAUAUAUAUGCUUCCUUCAAGUGCUAAUGAAUUAAUGGUCCCUCGUUUCUUUGCAAUGGAGAUUAUAUAACAUGCUUUUAAUUAGUUCAU